GGGUGACGUAAGACAACAUGGCGUCGGCAGAAUGUGCUCGCAAAAGAAGGGUUCGAGAAGAAGAGAAGGAGGAAGAGGAGCAGGAGGAGGAGAAGGAAGAAGAAGAGGAGAAGAAGAAGGAGGAGGUGUCUGAAAAACAUGAAGGGUCUGAGGAGGAAGGAGAUAAAGACCAAGAGCGUUGGGUUGGGCCCCUACCUGGGGAGGCUGUGCAGGCGAAAAAGAGAAGAGUUCUUGAGUUUGAACAUGUCUACCUUGAUAAUCUUCCCAGUGCUUCAAUGUAUGAACGUAGUUAUAUGCACAGAGACGUCAUCACUCAUGUAGUAUGUUCUAAAACAGAUUUCAUAAUAACAGCCAGCCAUGAUGGACAUGUCAAAUUCUGGAAGAAGGUAGAAGAAGGAAUUGAAUUUGUUAAACAUUUUCGUAGCCAUUUAGGUGUUAUCGAAGGCAUUGCAACUAGCUCAGAAGGGGCGCUGUUCUGCUCUGUUGGGGAUGAUAAAGCAAUGAAAGUUUUUGAUGUGGUGAACUUUGACAUGAUCAACAUGUUGAAACUUGGCUACCAUCCGGGCCAGUGUGAGUGGGUCUAUUGCCCCGGAGAUGCUAUCUCUUCAGUUGCAGCAUCUGAAAAGAGUACUGGAAAAAUAUUUAUAUAUGAUGGUCGAGGCAAUAAUCAACCGCUUCACAUUUUUGAUAAACUACAUACAUCCCCUCUUACUCAGAUACGACUGAAUUCUGUUUUUAAAAUCAUAGUAUCUUCUGACAAGUCUGGAAUGAUUGAAUAUUGGACUGGUCCUUCCCAUGAAUAUAAAUUUCCUAAAAAUGUGAACUGGGAAUAUAAAACAGACACUGAUUUAUAUGAAUUUGCUAAAUGUAAAUCCUACCUAACCAGUAUGAGUUUCUCCUCUGAUGGCAAAAAAAUGGCUACUAUUGGCUCUGACAGAAAAGUCCGGAUUUUUAGAUUCUUAACAGGAAAGCUUAUGCGAGUCUUUGAUGAAUCUUUGAGUAUGUUUACUGAGCUACAGCAGAUGAGACAGCAACUCCCUGAUAUGGAAUUUGGACGACGUAUGGCUGUGGAGAGGGAAUUGGAAAAGGUGGAUGCUGUAAGGUUAAUUAACAUCAUUUUUGAUGAAACUGGACAUUUUGUGCUCUAUGGGACAAUGUUGGGAAUUAAGGUUAUCAACGUGGAAACAAAUCGAUGUGUGAGAAUCCUAGGUAAACAGGAGAAUAUCAGAGUCACACAACUGGCUCUGUUCCAGGGAGUGGCAAAGAAACAUCGUGCUGCUGUUACCGUUGAGAUGAAGGCAUCUGACAAUCCAGUUCUCCAGAACAUCCAAGCAGAUCCAACAAUAAUCUGUACUGCCUUUAAAAAGAACAGAUUUUAUGUGUUUACUAAACGUGAACCAGAAGAUACCAAGAGUGCAGAUUCUGAUAGAGAUGUCUUCAAUGAGAAACCAUCUAAAGAAGAAGUCAUGGCAGCCACUCAGGCUGAAGGGCCCAAAAGAGUUUCUGAUAGUGCCAUUAUUCACACAAGCAUGGGAGAUAUUCAUGUCAAACUGUUUCCUGUUGAGUGCCCUAAAACAGUAGAAAACUUCUGUGUACACAGUAGGAAUGGUUACUAUAAUGGACAUACCUUCCAUCGGAUCAUAAAGGGUUUUAUGAUUCAGACUGGUGAUCCUACUGGCACUGGCAUGGGAGGUGAAAGCAUCUGGGGAGGAGAAUUUGAAGACGAGUUCCACGCAACCUUACGACAUGAUAGGCCAUAUACACUUAGUAUGGCCAAUGCAGGACCAAACACUAAUGGCUCACAAUUUUUUGUAACCGUAGUACCAACGCCAUGGCUGGAUAAUAAGCACAGCGUAUUUGGAAGAGUCACUAAAGGAAUGGAAGUUGUUCAGAGAAUUUCAAAUGUGAAAGUGAAUCCAAAAACAGAUAAACCCUAUGAAGAUGUAAGCAUUAUUAACAUCACUGUGAAAUAAUAGUAAUAUUAAUUUUUUUUAAAAAAACACCUCAGGGACUUCAGUUAUAUGGAAAUCUUAAGUAUUUCUGGCAUAAAAAGUUCAUAACGGAUUUCAGUCAUGUCUUCAAAAUGCUCUGAAAAAUAUUUUUAAUGUUUUUAAUAAAGGUAAAAAAAACCCAACCAUAUUAAAACAAUCAUAUUUUGUUUCCUGUA